AUGGUCCGCCUCACUCUCUCCUCCACAAAAGGAAACCAGGGGCUCCGUCACUUUCCUUACACAGGCUACCUAGGUCUAACUCCCAUACGCGUAGAAGGAUAUGUUCGCACAAAAUUGGAUGCAGAUGCAAAGCUUCUUCCAGCAAAGUCUUUGACAAUCUCAGUUCGAUGCUACGAGUCGCGUGUUGGACGUGUCAAUACCCUCCAAUCAAACGUCCUGGUCGACUACACCCAGGUACUCUGGUCAAAGCCAGAUGACGUUGACUGCGAACCUAUUGGUUCUCUCGAUUAUUCAUUUCGAAUAACAGUCCCCGUCAAAGCUGCAGGUUUCAGCACCGCUGUUUUCGUUGAUUAUCGUUGUUUAUGGAGGAUCGAGGCUGUUCUUACUCACGCUCCAAUAGCUGGCGUCGGUUCGCGUCAAAUAAAACACUUUGAGCUUCCACUCAUACGAUAUGACCUUCCUAUAUACCGUCCAAUAUCCUACGGUCAAGUGCUUAAUGAAAUAACCAGCAAACCUCGCGCGCCAAGAAUACGAUAUUCCCUGAAUCCGCCGACAUCUCCCAUUGGACCACUUGAUCUUGUUUCCAUCCCCAUACACCUGCAACCUCUUGAUAACGACGUAUCAAUACGCAGCGCAAGCAUCAUCAUAGAGCGCCGUAUUCAACUCAACGACAUCGCGAACUCCUCUUCACCCCUCCAACCCGAAUUACCAUCCUCCUCCCCAUUACCUGUUGUGCAACCCCCAAGUCCACUCCUUUCAUCGCCAACGCACUCAGACUUCGCUACCGAUGGUUCGUAUAUCAAUUCUGAAGGCCUCGUUUCUUCAUCAUCGCUGUCUUCAUCCGAUCCUACUAUCACCCCCAACACAAUAUUUCCCUCAUCAUCAAUAUCUGUCGCGACAGCGACAAGUACGACUCCUCUCCUCCCACCGACCCCGACUACUCCACCAGCCGUUCCCUCAUCCCCAGGCCCAUCCAAGACUGUUGUGAACCCCAUCGCUGGGACUGAAUCGUCUGGCCACUUUGCCCGAGAUAAUAAUGGGGUCUGGUGCAAAACCUUGACACUUCAAUGGCCAGCUGUCAAAUCUCACAGUCGGUGGGCUAUCGGCGAAACAAUACAAUCAGAACUGGUUUCUGUCCAAUACUUUGUUCGCACAAAGAUUAUAGUUACAUCACCAGCUGGCACGGAGUCUAUAGAUUUAGCCGAGAGGGAGCUCCUCAUUGUGUCUACGAACGACGCAGAAAGGCAGCUCGCCCUCGCCAAGUACAACGAGCGCCACGAUCAAAUCGUUGACAAGACCCUGCGCUCAAAGUCAAAAUCGCCGCGCAGAAUGCGUCCGCACCGUGAUGAUCCCACACCACCCACACAAGUCCCUCCGUUACCAUCAACAUCAGCAGGUUUCCAAUUACCUAAACCGAAAUCUAUUAGCUCUCGCCGGCCGCACACCAGCGCCGGUCCACGCGACAAGUCAUUCCAUCUUGGUGUUGGCUCUUUCGGCCGUUCUCGGUCUCGGGGACAAGAACCUGACUCUUCUAGUGGUCACAUGGACAGUAGCCCAGAUGGUGGAAGCAGCAGCAGAAGCAGUAUCAGCAACCACGAAGGCGCCAACGGUAUAUAUUGCAAACGCCGCGUGGAAAGCAACGCAAGACAGCCUGAGAGCAGUCCAUCGGAGGUCAAGCAAACCCGGAGCGCGGGCAUGCUUACGAGUGGGUUUUGGUCGACGACUUCUUCGCACGCUCCAAGGUUGACCAGCACGCCGAGUGGAAGCAGCACGAGCACUACGGCGAGCUCAUCGAGCCUGUCGAGCAGUAGCGUUGGUGGGGACUCUGACCUGUCUGAUCACAUGCGAGAGUGGGAAGAAGAGUUGGCACGGAUAGAGAUGAAGAGUCGGUGGUCGAGUGAUAUGCUCGGAUUCUUUGGCAAGCGAAAGAGAUCUGCUGCUAGUGUACCGAAGGUGGUGAUUCCGAGCGAUGAGGACUAUGCUCACUCUUGA